UGCCUCCACUGCCCAGAAAAUACAUAUCCUUCUCAAACAGACUUUUGGUAUCUAAUGCAUUUGCAGCUAAUCUCGGUUUUUAAUUUGAAGAAGGUGCUUAGAAGAAAAGAAUGAGCUUCAUGACCAAUUAUAGCAUGGUAUCUCUGGCCCCGUUGGAUGAUGGAGACAAUUAUAUGCACAAUGAAACUGGAUUCCCACAUGACAACAACUCAAAUUAUGGUUCCACCCCCCCUCUGUCCUUCUUCAGAAUGCAAAGUUAUCGAGAGCUUUGCUUUUCUGAUCAGCUCUUUUGGACUUGUGGGGAAUGAAACUGUCAUCUGGCUUCUUGGCUUCCGCAUGAAGAGGAAUCCUUUUACAACAUUCAUCCUGAAUUUGGCUGUUGCUGACUUUGGAGUCCUCAUAUACAUAGUUAUUGAUUGUACUGUUUAUAUAAUGCUUUUAUUUUCAAACACAAAUAUAGGUUCUAGGUUGACAGAGCUGUUAUCUAUCAGCAUCUUUUUCUUCUUGCACUUCACUGGCCAAUUUCUACUGACAGCCAUCAGCAUUGACAGGUGUGUCUCUGUCCUCUUCCCAAUUUGGCAUAAAUGCCACCGCCCGACCUUUCUGUCUACUAGUGUAUGCGCCUUCCUAUGGGUCGCUUCCUUCCUGUUUUGUCUAACACCCUACAUUAUUUUUAUAACUAGUCUAUAUGAAAUAUUAUUCAUACUGCUUGCUGUGACUCUCUUGCUAUGUCUCCCACUCAUGAUUAUCUCUUCCCUGGUCCUCUUCAUCAAAGUCUGCUUUAAGUCACCAAAACAUAAACGGGGGAAAGCCUUAACAGCCAUCUUCCUUACUCUCAUGUUCUUCAUUAUACUUGUUUUUCCAGUGUUUUCUUCUCUUCUUCUCACGUUUCUAGUUGACAUAAAACUAUAUCAAAGAGUUUCUCAUUACUCUUUCCUAGGUGCCGCCUUAAACAGCAGUGUUAACCCCUUCAUUUAUUUCCUGGUUGGGAGACAAAAGAGAGGCCAAAGAAGGGAGAAGAUGAAAAAUAUCCUUCAAAGGCUUUUCAAGGAAGAGGAAGGGCAUGGGGCAGAUAUGGACUCCCCAGUUUAA